AUGCAUCGACUUUUGACAGAUCCUUCUGGACUUCUCUUACCAUUCCGGGUGACGGAGGCAGAGUCCGGGAUUUCCAUUUCCUACACUCCUAGGGAGGUCGGAGAACAUCUCAUCCACGUCGAUAUUGCCGGACAGAAGUUCAAAGGGAGUCCUUUCCAUGCCUACGCAUACGACACGAGGAAGCUGAAGGUGGGACGGAUCCCUGCCGGAGUAAUCGGGGAACCUGUCGAAUUUAUCAUCGACGGAGAGGCGGCCGGGGCGGGAAACCUGGAGAUCCUGGUGAACGGUGGCCACGUGACAUCUUACGUCACCCCGCUUGGGGGUCAGAAGUUCCAGGCCUCAUUCAUCCCUCAUACCCGCGGCACUCAUUCCCUCGACAUCCAUUUCAAUAAGGAACCUCUCCCAGGUCCCAGCAAACGUCCAGUAUCCUUUCGUCUCCUUGAACUGGGAGUUGGUGACCUCAGGCUUGAGUUCACAACACAAGAAGUUGGGAAUUAUUUUGUGGAAGUUUCUGUUGGUAAUCAGAAAAUUCCAGGAACUCCAUGGGUUGCAAAGGCAUAUGAUGCCUCCCUCAUUCGAGUCUCAGAUGUACCCAAUGGGGUUGUUGGCCAACCAUGUCAAUUUAAAGUGGAUGCAAGCCAGGCAGGUGAAGGGCAGUUGGAGAUCUCUAUCUGUGAAGGAGAGGUCCCCAAUCAUGUCCAGGUGCUAGGUGGAGGCCGAUGUCUUGUCUCCUUCACUCCUGAACGACCCAUGCAGCACAGCAUUGACAUCAAGUUCAAUGGAGACACAGUGCCUGGUUGUCCACUGGUGUGCCAGGUAACGGACACUAGUAGAGUGUCUGUGAAUCUUCGUCACCUGGAAUUGAUCCCUGUGAAUGAAACUGCUCAUUUCACCAUCCAUGUUGAUGGCACUACAUCAGCUGAGUUGGCAGUGUCUGUCCGAGCUCCAAGCAUGAGCACAUUGCCGGUAAAGGUGACAGGAAACACACGAACAGGCUUCAAAGCAGAAUUUGUGCCAAAGGAAGUUGGAGCUCACACUGUUUUAGUGGAGUACAAUGGAUCUGCAGUUGGUGGGACACCCUUUACAUCCAAGGUCUACGAUUCAAAGCGAGUAUAUGUCUCUCCAAUGCCUCGAGGAGCCAUAGGAAAGGCUUUGCAAUUCACAGUGGAUGCUGGGCAGGCUGGAGAGGGAAAUCUAGAGAUCACCAUCAGUGCAAAAGGACGAAAUAUUCCCACUCAGGUUCAUCCACAGGGGAAUGCCCGUUUUGUUGUCUCCUUUGUUCCCCUUGAGGCUACAGAUCACACCAUCAAUAUCUCUUUCAACAAGGAACCUGUUCCUGGAUCACCUUUUAUUGCUCACGUGUCCUCGGACCCCAACCGCCUUCUUGUGAGCGGGCAGAGCUUGGCAUCCUCUCCAGUUGGAAAACCAGCCUACUUCACCAUCUCCAAUGUAACUGGCACAGUAGAAGAUGUUGAAGUGAAUGUUGAAGGGCCUUCGGGAUCCAGUGUCCCGGCUCAACUGACUGACUUGGGGGACCGUGUGGUGCAAGCGGAAUUCACGCCUCGAGUUGCAGGCGAGCAUCGCAUCCAUGUACUCUAUGGGGGAGAAGCCAUCCCUGGUUCCCCUUUCUCUUCAAAAGUCUACGAUGUGUCUCAGAUCAAGGUGCGGGAGAACCCUCGAGGUGUUGUUGGGCGACCAGUCACCUUCAUUGUGGAGACGAGUCAAGCAGGACCUGGCAACUUGGAAGUGACAGUAAAUGCAGGGCAGGUGCCAACGUCAGCCCAGAGCCAGGGUCAUCAUACAUAUGCUAUCAGCUUCACUCCCAAGGAACCACGACCUCAUGUUGUGCAGCUCAAGUUCAAUGGAGAAGAUGUUCCUGGGAGCCCAUUCACCUGCCAUGUAGCUGAUGCAAGUCGUGUCACAGCCUCUGGUGAUGGUCUGGAGAAAGUCCCUGUUGAUCACCCAGCUGUCUUCUACAUCCACUCAGAGGAGCAGGACAAUGCAGAACUGGCUGUCAGGAUCUUGAAUCCUGCCCGUCAGCCCAUUCAGCACUCCCUCACCUCUAUUGGGGAGGGUCGCUACACCAUCGAGUAUCUCCCAACUGAUGUCGGGGAUCACACAGUUGAAGUAAGGUAUGCAGAGCUACCAAUCCCAGGUAGUCCAUUCCUGGUGAAAGCAUAUGACUCCAGGAACAUCCGAGUGACAGACAUCACGACAGGGGUCGUUGGGAAGCCAGUUUACUUUUCCAUAGAUGCAAGUCAAGCAGGGGCAGGGAACUUGGAAAUCAUUGUGUCAGUGAGUGGAAGAAAUGUGCCCAACUAUGUCCAGUCGGAGGGAAAUGCCAAGUUCAAGGUCAACUUUAAGCCUCAGGAGCCUGCCACUCACAUCAUCAGUGUCCGAUUCAAUGGGGAACCUGUUCCAGGAAGCCCUUUUGGCUGCCGAGUCACGGAUUCCAGUCUUGUGAUGGUGUCUGGUGAUGCUCUGAAGAUGGCCGCAGUAAACCGUUUGGCAACGUUCAGCAUUGAUCCUCGCAAUUGUGACAUCACUGGAUGUAGCAUCAAAGUUCUAAGUCCACUUGGAACCAACAUACCUGUUGACCUGAAGCACAAUCCAGAUGGUGUUAUAGAGGCUCAGUUCCUCCCAACAGAAGUUGGUCCCCACACAAUCUCGCUAAUACUGGAUGAUGAACACAUUGGUGGCAGCCCAUUCACUUGUAAUGUCUAUGCUGUUGAGAACAUUCGUGUCUCAGGACUUGAAAACACCAAGGUGGGGCGGCCAGUCACAUUCACAGUGGAUGCAUCACAAGCAGGAGAAGGGACAUUGGAGUUGGUGGUGAUGACAGCCAAGGCAUCAGUACGUGCUGAGGUGACUGCUCGCAGUCGAGGCCUAUAUGAUGUCACCUUCACCCCACUUGAAGCCAUCCCUCAUUUUGUGAACAUCACAUUCAAUGAAGAAGAUGUCCCAGGAAGCCCAUUCAAGUGUGAUGUCCGUGAAUUGGAUGCAAGGGAGAUGAAGCACUUGAAGCGGUCAGAGUCCAAACUUGUCUCUCUGACUGGAGAUGGAUUAAAGGAGGCUGUGGUGGGAUCUCCUGCAACUUUUGACCUGGAUCCCAAGAGUUGGGAUGCCAGUGACCUGGACGUGAUCGUCACAAGUCCUGAUGAAUCCCGUGUCCCAUGUCGCAUCCUCCGCCUUCGAUCUGGCCUUCUGCGUGCUGAAUACCGUCCCCAGGUGGUGGGUCUCCACCGGGUGGAAGUUGAGCACAAGGGCAAGCCUGCCUCCAAGCAACCAUUCUUAGUUGAAGUUGCAGAACCAUCCAAGGUCCUUGUCACUGGAUUUGAAGAAAAAAAAGCUGUUGUUGGCAAAGACUUUUCUUUCAAAGUGGAUGCCUCUAAGGCUGGUCGAGGUACUGUCUGGGUCAGGAUCCGAGCUGCAAGUGAGGAAGUGAAAUAUACACUGAAGGACCUUGGUUGGGGACUCUAUGAUGUCCUCUUCACUCCUGUCAUUGAUGUUCCUCAUCGAAUCUCCCUGAAGUACAAUGGAGUUCCCAUUGCUGGGUCUCCUUAUGAGCUGGUAGUGAAGAAUCCAUAUUCAGGGAAGCUGAUUACAGCCUCUGGCCUAGGGUUGCAUCAAUCUCGAGUGGGAAAGCCUGCCACCUUUGUAAUUGAGACCCUGGGAAGAAAACCAGAAGAUUUUGAUGUUGUGGUCUCUGGUCCAGGUUCUUCAGCCAUCCCUGUGAAGUGCUACCAGCAGAAAGAUGGGAAUCUCCUUGCUGAAUUUUCUCCCUAUUCACCUGGUGCACACAAAGUGGAGGUGUACCAUUCAGGAACACCCAUUCAUGGGUCACCAUUCCGCUGCCAAGUGUAUGAUGCAUCCAAAGUAAGGAUUGAAGAGCCCAAGUCUUCAUCCUUCUAUGUCAACGAUCGUGUUGCCUUCAAAGUGGACCACAAAAAGGCUGGUGAGGCAGAGCUGAGUGUAACAGUGAGCAGUCCUGUUGGACGGAACCUCCCAUUGGAGGUAAAACCUGUGGGUGAGACAAGAGCAGAGCUAGUGGAAUUCCGUCCCCCUUGCCCAGGGAAAUACAAACUGGCCAUCUGGUAUGGAGAUGAGGAGGUUCCUGGGUCACCUGUGGUGGUCAUAUGCGAGGAAGAAGGUGGUGCCCGAGCAUAUGGGGAAGGACUCUCCAGGGGACGAGUUGGAACCCCUGCAACUUUCCAUAUCCAGGCCCAAGGUCUUGGGGAACCCCAUGUCCAAGUGGAUGGACCCGACAGCGUUGCCAAGUCUAGCAUCACUGCUGAGGAUGAGGAUGGCCUCUAUGCUGUCUCUUACAUCCCGCAAGAAGUUGGAAUCUUUGAUGUUACUGUCAUGUGGAAUGGGAAGGAACUUCCUGGCUCACCAUUUCAUCCCAAGGUUGUGGAACCACGGAAGGUGCGAGUAAUUGGGGGAUGGGAAUCCCUGGUAGAUGACUCUGGUCGCCUUGAACUCUUCCUUGGCCAAGAAAAGAAAAUUUCCUUUGAUGUGUCUGAUGCUGGACCUGGAAAGUUGAGAUGUGAGAUAAAGUCACCAAAGGAAACAGUGGAGGGUGUAGUGGAGCAGACAUCUCCAUCUCGUCACCGUCUUGUUUUUACCCCUAUGGAGACUGGAGAGAAUCAGAUAUAUCUCUAUUGGAUGGGCUAUCCCCUGCCAAAGAGUCCACUGGUGGGGAUUGUAGAGGCACUCACCCCAGGUGUUGGAGAUCACUCUAAGAUCACUUUAAAAGGACAUGGCCUUGCCAUGGCUAGAUGCAAUGAAGAAGCUGAAUUCCUGAUUGAUGGUUCCUCUGCCAACACCUCAGGGGUGCCAGAGGUGACCCUGUCUGGGAUCAAGUCAGACAUCAGGGUGAAGUUGGAGCCACAGGGGAACAAUGUUUUCAGGGCAGUCUAUGUCCCCACCUCCCCAGGAGCAUAUCUCCUCAAUGUCACCUGGGCAGGCCGUCAGGUGAAAGGUUGUCCACUGAAGGUGACAGUGGCUUCAAGUACAGAUGCGAGUAAGGUCCUAGUGACAGGAGAAGGACUUCGUGGUGGCGUUGUUGGCAAGGACAUUCGAAGCUUCAUCGAUACAAGGCGUGCAGGACCUGGCGAACUCACUGCUCAUUGUGCUGGGCCAAGCAAGGUGGCCUUCUGUGAACUUUAUGACCAUGGGGAUGGGACUUUCACACUCAAUGUCAAGCCAGCUGAGCAGGGUCGUCAUAUGCUCACCAUUAAAUAUGGAGGGGAACAUGUGCCAGGUAGUCCAUUCCCACUUCGCAUCAGUGGGGCUCCCGAUGCGUCCAAAGUGCGUGUAUAUGGACCUGGGAUCGAACCUGGGGUUUUAGCCACAUUCCAGAGCCGAUUCCUCUGCGACACCCGGGGUGCUGGAGCUGGACAACUCACCGUUCGUAUCCGUGGACCCAAAGGUGCAUUUAGGGUGGAGAUGCAGCGGGAGAGCCAGAAGGACCGGACCAUUUUGUGUCGUUACAACCCCACCGAACCGGGAGACUAUCGGGUGGAAGUGAAAUGGUCUGGGGAACAUGUCCCUGGUUCUCCAUUUAUGGUCAUGAUCUUCGACACUCAAGAAGAACUGCAAAAUUAUCUCCAGGAGAGAACGCAUUCGCCUGGUGCGGGUGCAGGAGCCAGCGUGGAUGCAUACGGGAGCGUCUAUGGUCACAUGAGUCUGGGUCACAUGUCUUGGCGGGGAUCCCAACCUCAUCUUUAGACUCCCUGCCUAACAAGAUAUCAGAACGGGCUUGCGAGGAGUAUUCAUGGCAUUUCUCCUGGCUUCGCAUCUCACAUCGUUAUCCUAUUUAUAAUGACCAGAGCUAUUGUUGAUUUUUAUGUCCUUUAAUUUUUUUUUUUUACUUUUCACACGUCAUUCCUAUCGUGGUGUGAGGUGUGACAUGCAAUAAUAAACAUUCCAUUCCCCCUAUUUGUCUCCAUUCCAGUUUCUAAUCCGUCCUGCUUGAUUGUCCCAUGAAUAUCAUUCAUAAUAAAGCAUAGUCUUGUACUUUCCCACCUUUGAA